AUGGUGUUCGGCGGCGACCGUGCCAUGGGGGCGGCCCCCGGCGCCGACGCCGCGAGCACGAUGCGGUUCGCUUUGCACGUCAUGCGCGGGCGGUGGUUCAUGUUCUUCGCGUCCAUCCUGAUCAUGGCGGCGGCCGGCGGCACGUACAUCUUCGGCAUCUACUCCAAGGCGAUCAAGACGUCGCUCGGGUACGACCAGCAGACGCUCAACACGCUGAGCUUCUUCAAGGACGUGGGCGCCAACGUGGGCAUCCUCCCUGGGCUCAUCAACGAGGUCACCCCGCCGUGGGUGGUGCUGUUCUGCGGCGCUGGCAUGAACCUGGUGGGCUACCUCAUGAUCUACCUGGCCAUCACCGGCCGCACGGCGCAGCCGCCUGUGUGGCUCAUGUGCCUGUACAUCGCCAUCGGCGCCAACUCGCAGUCGUUCGCCAACACCGGCUCGCUCGUCACCGCCGUGAAGAACUUCCCCGAGGACCGCGGCGUGGUGCUCGGCCUGCUCAAGGGCUUCGUCGGCCUCAGCGGCGCCAUCUUCACGCAGCUGUACCGCGCCAUCUACGGAACCGACAACGACGGCGCGGACCUGGUGCUGCUCAUGGCGUGGCUCCCCGCCGCCAUCUCGCUGGUCUUCAUCCCCACCAUCCGCAUCAUGCCGCGGAACGCCGCCGCGCGCGGGGAGCGCAAGGCCUUCUUCCUCUUCCUCUACGCCUCCAUCGUGCUGGCAGCGUACCUGCUCGUCAUGAACGUCGUCGAGCUGGAGGUGAUCCACUUCCCGAAGCCGGCGUACUACGUCACGGCCGUAGUGCUCCUCCUGCUCAUCUUCUUCCCGAUCGUCAUCGUCGUGAAGCAAGAGCUGAAGACCUACCUUGCGCCGCCGGCGCCAACAGCAGCAACCUCGGCCGCCAUCGUGACGAUCACCGUCGACGAGAAGACGCGGGCGUCGAACAAUAACGUGGCACCGGAGUCGCCCGAUCGUCGCCAUCAGGCCAUCGCCGCCACCGAGGACAACAGCUCGCCGUCCUGCUUCCAGGACGUGUUCCGGCCACCGGCACGGGGCCAGGACUACACCAUCCUGCAGGCCCUGUUCAGCGUGGACAUGCUGGUCCUGUUCGUGGCCACCAUCUGCGGCAUCGGCGGCACGCUGACGGCGGUGGACAACAUGGGGCAGAUCGGGCAGUCGCUGGGCUACCCGCAGCGGUCCAUCUCCACGUUCGUCUCCCUGGUGAGCAUCUGGAACUACGCCGGGCGCGUGGUGUCCGGGUUCGCCUCCGAGUACGUGCUGGCCCGGUACCAGGUGCCCCGGCCGCUGGCGCUCACGGUGGUCCUCCUCCUGGCGUGCGUGGGCCACGCGCUCAUCGCCUUCGGCGUCAGCAACGGGCUGUACGCGGCGUCCGUGAUCCUGGGCUUCUGCUUCGGCGCGCAGUGGCCGCUGCUGUUCGCCAUCAUCUCCGAGGUGUUCGGGCUCAAGUACUACUCCACGCUCUACAACUUCGGCGCCGUGGCUAGCCCCGUGGGCUCCUACAUCCUCAACGUCCGCAUCGCCGGCCGCAUGUACGAUCGGGAGGCGCUCCGGCAGGGCGGGCGGCGGGGCAGGGAUCUCACCUGCAUCGGCGUGCGCUGCUUCAGGGAGUCGUUCCUCAUCAUCACCGGCGUCACGCUGCUGGGCGCGCUCGUGUCGCUGGUGCUGGCGUGGAGGACGAGGAACUUCUACCGCGGCGACCUGUACGGCCGGUUCAGGGAGGUCGGCAUGGCCGGAGCGGCGGCUGCCGGAGGAGCAGAGGACGGAAAGGUGCACGAGGCCGAGGCGAGCAGCAGUGGUGGUGCCAGUGGCUCUGACACCAAGGACACUAGUAGCAGUGAGACCGUUAAUGGCAGCAAGGUCUGA